CAGCUCCUCCGCGAGCCCGCCGGGAACUCGCGCCCUUCGUGCUCCCGCGGCGCCCGAGGUGGCCGCCUCGGGCCAUGGUGUUCUUUCAGGAGGCUCCCGCCGCCGAGCGGGGGACGAGCGAGAUGCAGCCGCCCGGCCCCGCGUCCGUGGGGGCCGCUCCGGUGGACGGCCCCGGCCUCUUGGACGGCCCCGGGGCGGCCGCCGAGAAGGUGGAGUUAGAACUGGUAGGGCCGGCGGGCGCCGAGCCCCCUCAGCCUCCUGAGGGAGGUCGGGGCUGGCUGGUGAUGCUGGCGGCCAUGUGGUGCAACGGGUCGGUGUUCGGCAUCCAGAACGCCUGCGGGGUGCUCUUCGUGUCCAUGCUGAAGACCUUGGGGUCCAAGGACGAUGACCUGAUGAUCUUCAAGACAGCAUGGGUAAGUUCUCUCUCCAUGGGGAUGAUUUUCUUUUGCUGCCCAAUAGCCAGCGUCUUCACGGACAUAUUUGGUUGUCGGAAAACAGCUGUCCUGGGUGCUGCUGUUGCAUUCAUUGGACUCUUGUCCAGUUCUUUUGUAAGGUCCAUCGAGCCUCUGUACCUUACCUAUGGAAUCAUAUUUGCCUGUGGCUGCUCCUUUGCGUACCAGCCUUCAUUGGUCAUUUUGGGACACUAUUUCAAGAAGCGCCUUGGACUGGUGAAUGGCAUUGUCACCGCUGGCAGCAGUAUCUUCACAAUUUUGCUGCCUUUCCUUUUAAGGGUUCUAACUGACAGUGUGGGCCUCUUUUCCACACUGAGGAUCCUCUCCAUCUUCAUGUUUGUUCUCUUUCUGGCUAGCUUCACCUACCGACCUCUUGCUUCCAGUGCCAAAGAUAAAGAGAGUAGAACCGAAGGAGGCAACAGAUUCUCCCUCUUUUCCAGGAGAAGGUUCAGUCCUCCAAAAAAAUUUUUCAAUUUUGCCAUCUUCAAGGUGACAGCUUAUGCAGUGUGGGCAGUUGGAAUACCACUUGCACUUUUUGGAUACUUUGUGCCUUAUGUACACUUGAUGAAACAUGUGAAUGAAAGAUUUGAAAGUGACAAAAAUAAAGAGGUGGUUCUCAUGUGCAUUGGCAUCACUUCAGGAGCCGGGCGGCUGCUCUUCGGCCGGAUUGCAGACUACGUGCCUGGUGUGAAGAAGGUUUAUCUACAGGUGCUUUCCUUUAUCCUCAUCGGUCUGAUGUCCAUGAUGAUUCCCCUGUGUGACGUCUUUGGGGCCCUCAUUGCUGUCUGUCUCAUCAUGGGUCUCUUCGAUGGAUGCUUCAUUUCCAUUAUGGCCCCCAUUGCCUUUGAGUUAGUUGGCACCCAGGAUGUCUCCCAAGCAAUUGGAUUUCUGCUCGGAUUCAUGUCUAUACCCAUGACUGUGGGCCCACCCAUUGCAGGGUUACUUCGUGACGAGCUGGGCUCCUAUGAUGUGGCAUUCUACCUCGCUGGAAUCCCUCCCCUCAUUGGAAGUGCCAUCCUUUGUUUUAUCCCAUGGAUCCACAGUAAGAAGCAAAGAGAGACCGAUAAAACCACUGGAGGAGAAAAAAUGGAGACAAUGUUGGAGAACCAGAACUCUCUGCUGUCCAACUCAUCUGGAAUCCUUAAGAAAGAAUCUGACUCUGUUAUUUAAUGUCUUAUAUACCUCCAACAGACUGGAUUUGAUUUCAGAAUUUUAAGCAAUUUUUCCUUUUAUAUGAAUUGCAAAUUUCUUACUUUUUAAUCACAUCCUGAGAAUAGCACAAUAAUUGGGAAGUAGAACCCUUAUUACUACAAGAACUAUUUUCUGCCACUGAAUAGCUGUUCCAUUAUUUCCAUGAGUCUGAGGGCAGAGACUUGGGUACAUGAAAACAUGUCUGAAAGUCAAAUAUUGUGAAAAUUUGAAGCUAUCUCAGUAAAAAGCAGCUCUAGAAACUGAAUGCUAUUUAGCUUGUACAAAUAUUUUAAAAUACCUCAAGCUAUACUGAAAGGGUUACAGUUUGGUUAGGACUGGAAAUAUUGUUGGUCAUCUCACAUGGCGUUUUUAGUUCUGGUAUCUCUGUUUUAGUUUCUUCUGCUAUUUGGAAACUUUUUACAAAAUUUAAGCCUGGAUUCUAGAUAAUGUCGGUAAACCUCAAGUCUUUGUUCAAGUUGCUUGUCUGCUGUUAAAUAAGCUAUGAAAUUAAGUUAUUCUGACUUGCUCCAGUCUCAGGAGACUGCCCUGGAGCAGAUGCUAACAAUGUAUUCAGAACAAGUAUGUGGAAUGAAAAGGAUCCUGUUCAUAAGAGCAGAGCAGUUCAGGAAUCGGGCAUUUCUUCCAUUUACGUUUGUUCCCUAUGGGUUUGCAGUGCAUCUUACUCAAGUAGCCAGAAACCCCCCAAAUUUCUGAAUUUGUUUAAAUUGUAACAAUACAGUAAAAUACAAUGAAUGAAAGAUAUUCUGGCAAUUUUAACAUAGAAUUUUUCUGGCUUCUGUAUUUGUUAGACUAGGACCUGAUAUUUAAACAAAGUCUUAUUGAGCAUGUUAUAAAGUUGUGGUUUCAGGCAUGAAUGGGGGAAAAAGAAGUCUUCGUAUUCAUGAAGAAAAUAUCUAUUUCUGAUAGAAACAAUUGCUCAAAUUGGUUUAUGAAAUUAAUGGGUCUUGAAAGGUUAAAAUUACUUAUAAAGAGAAA